UUGACGUCCGCAAUAAAACCCAUCCAAACUCAGCUCUCUGUUCAUCUCUCUCUCUAAAAAGUGAGCUCAAAUCAACUGUCUGCUUCUCUCUCUAGUUCGCUGAAAGAUUUGGGGACGACUUUUUUCGAUACACGCACUGUAGAAACUGGAAACGCACAAGUUGUGUGCGCUUGACUUUGGGGGUUUCGUUUGAAGGAGGAAGCUGAAUUUAUCCAUAUUGAUGCUCGAAAGAGCUGGAAAGGGAACAUAUUGUGUGUUUUAGCUUCAAUUACGAGGAUUUAACUGAUUGCGAGCUGGAAUCAUUGCUUAUAGAUUAACCGGAUAGCUGGCAAAAGACUGCAAUUUGGAUAGAAGAGGAGCCAGAAGUUAGGAUGCUCACCAGUAAAGCAAGCUUCUUUGGUUUCGAUGAUUUUGAUUAUCGACGUGGAUUUUGCAUAGAAUACUCCCAGAACCUCAUUUGUGAGGCUUAUCCUGUUGCUUUUGCUCGAAAAGAACACCCAAGAGCUUUUUCUAAUGAUUGGUUGUGUGUUUAAACUGUGGUCAAAUUGUACCAUAUUUUCACUAGGUUAUAGUUCUGUUUGCAUUGAUGGAAGUUCAGUUUCUGGAUUAAUUGAUGUGAUUUAGGUGUAGGAGUACUAAGGCUAUUGUUAGGAUAGACUGCUGGUUUCUGCAAACAUGGUGCCACAGGGGCCUCCCCCUCCGCAUGGUGGAGCGCAGCCGGUUCCGCCGUCAUUGUUAAGAUCAAAUUCCUCGUUGUUGGGUGGGCAAGGAGGUGGGAUGCCCUCCCAGAAUGCAUUUCCUUCUCUAGUGUCACCGCGCAAUCAGUUCAACAACAUGAAUAUGCUCGGGAAUGUUCCCAACGUUUCUUCUCUGCUUCACCAGUCAUUUGGAAAUGGAGGCUCAAGUUCUGGUUUAUCUGGUCCAGCCAAUCCAAACUCAUCUGGUCACGGACAAGGACAGCAACAAUUCUCAAACCCUUCCAGCAGCCAAAUGUUGCCAGAACAGCAACAAGCUCAACAUCUUGAUCCACAAAAUUUUCAACAUAACCAGCAGCAGUUACAACAGUUUUCUGUGCCCAAUUCGCAACAGCAUCAGCAACAACAGCAGCAGCAUCAGCAAUUUCAGGCAAUGCGUGCAGGCCUAGGAGGUGCGGGACAUGUUAAGCUAGAGCCACAAACGACCAAUGAGCAGGCCUCACAGCAACAACUGCAAGCUUUGAGGACUCUGAGUUCAGUGAAGAUGGAACCUCAGCAGUUACAAAGUAUGAGAAGCUUAGGGACUGUCAAGAUGGAACCCCAACAAUCAGAUCCUUUAUUUUUACAUCAUCAACAGCAACAACAGCAGCAGCAGCAGCAGCAACAGCUCCUCCUUUCCCGACAGUCCUCUCAGGCUGCUGCUGCCGCGCAGAUUUUGCAUCAACAGAGGAUUAUGCAAAUUCAGCAGCAGCAGCAGCUGUUAAAAGCUAUGCCUCAACAAAGAUCUACAUUACAACAACAGUUUCAACCACAGAACAUGCCUGUUAGGUCCCCUGUAAAACCUGUCUAUGAGCCUGGAAUGUGUGCUCGGAGGCUGACACAUUACAUGUAUCAGCAACAACACAGACCUGAAGACAACAGCAUUGAGUUCUGGAGGAAAUUUGUAGCUGAAUAUUUUGCACCCAAUGCCAAGAAAAAGUGGUGUGUUUCAAUGUAUGGACCUGGUCGCCAAACUACUGGAGUUUUCCCUCAGGAUGUUUGGCAUUGUGAAAUUUGCAACCGCAAGCCUGGUCGUGGAUUUGAGGCAACUGUUGAGGUUUUGCCCCGACUAUUCAAAAUAAAAUAUGAAAGUGGAACUAUAGAAGAACUGCUGUAUGUUGAUAUGCCGCGAGAGUAUCAGAAUCCUGCAGGGCAAAUUGUUCUGGACUAUGCGAAAGCUAUACAAGAGAGUGUAUUUGAGCAACUUCGUGUUGUUCGUGAUGGUCAGCUACGAAUUGUAUUCUCUCCCGAUCUCAAGAUAUGCUCCUGGGAAUUUUGUGCUCGGCGUCAUGAAGAGCUCAUCCCAAGAAGGUUGCUGAUUCCUCAGGUUAGCCAACUUGGCACUGCUGCCCAAAAGUACCAGGCUGCUACUCAAAAUGCGUCAACUAGUGCCUCUUUUUCGGAGCUACAAAAUAAUUGCAACAUGUUUGUUUCUUCUGCACGUCAGCUUGCCAAAGCUCUGGAAGUUCCAUUAGUAAAUGAUUUGGGAUAUACGAAGAGAUAUGUGCGAUGCUUGCAGAUAUCAGAAGUGGUCAAUAGCAUGAAGGAUCUUAUUGACUAUAGCCGUGAAACUGGUGCAGGUCCUAUGGAGAGUCUGGCGAAGUUUCCUCGAAGAACAAAUCAUUCACCUGGAUUUCAAGGACAACAACAUCCACAGCCUGACAGUCAGCUACAACAGCAACAGCAGCAAACAGGUCAAAACUCAAACAACGAUAGUUCUGCUGCGGCUGCUGCUACACAACUUGCUUCUGCUGCUAGUACUCCUGGUGUUAAUAAUCCUGCGAACUCAGCUACCGCUACGGCAUCUACCAGUACAAUUGUCGGCCUUCUUCAUCAAAAUUCAAUGAAUUCUCGGCAGCAAAAUCUAAUGUCCAGUAUUAACAGCCCUUACGGUGGUAAUAGUGUUCAAAUGCCAUCUCCUGGAUCUUCAAACACCAUGCCACAGUCUCAACCACCUCUAUCCCCUUUCCAUUCCUCGACACCGCCAUCAUCGAAUAAUCAACAACUGGCUUCACAUGGUCCAUUAUCGGGUGGUCAUGUGAAUUCUGCGAGUUCGCCAAAUAUUUCAAUGCCACAACCUACUCUUUCUGGUGAUGUAGAUGCAAAUGAUUCACAGAGUUCCGUCCAAAAAAUUAUACACGACAUGAUGAUGUCUUCUCAGCUUGGUGGUGGUGGUAUGUCAGGCUUGGGGAUGAUGGGUGGUGAUGUGAAAAAUGUGAAUGGAAUGUUCUCAACAGGCAGCAAUGGCAGUGUUAGUGGGGGCAAUAUACUCAUAGGAACUGGAGUAGCUAAUGGUAACCCUGGUACUGGUGUUUCAGGGUUUGGGAGUAUGGGCAACGGAAUCGGCCAAUCUGCCAUGGUAAGUGGGAUCCGAGCAGCGCUUGCUAAUAACUCCCUUUCCAUGAAUGGGAGAGUAGCCAUGGCGAUGGCACGAGAGCAGGGCAUGAAUUCACAACAGCAGGAUAUGAGCAACCAACUGCUUGCCGGUGGUCUUGGUGCAGUUAAUGGUUUCAAUAACCUUCAAUUUGACUGGAAAGCAUCUCCUUGACUAGUCUUACAUAAUUUUGUGGCACUGGACUAACGGCUGUUUGUGCAGCGUAGAGGAGUGAGUUCGUUGGUUGGGGAUCGGAUAUCCGUAUAGUGAGAAAAGAAGAGAAAUGGUUUGUGAGUGUGCAUCCCUCCCUCCAUGUUGUUGUACUAAUCUCAAAGAAAGCAAAUGGUAAAGACAUAGGUUUUCUUGAUUGAAUGAUACAUGUGAUUCCCAGCGUUUUCUCGACUAACAGUUUCGGGGCAAAAACAGCUGGAGUGGCGCAUGGCCACCGGAACGUGCUUGUAUUGCCAUCUCAACAUUUGAGGCGUCUGCCAAACCCCGGUGCGGUUGCAGUUCUUCCCCUUAGCUCCCACACCCUUUCCCCAAUAUGUGAGUGUAUAUAGUUUUGGAUUGCCUUGAAGCCAAGUUUUAUUGUAGAAUUUUCUUAUACUUGUUCUGCUCAGAAUUUGUUUACAGUAGUUUUAUUCCCAUUAUAAUCAUCUUUCACUCA